AUGAGUUCCGGUGUCAACUUCGAGCCACCAGGUCCUAUACCGCCUCGGACAAGCUCCACCAACGCUCCAACAAGUCCAUCGAGUUCAGCCUCGCACCGACACCGCACUUCCGUUGCCGGUGGGGACCCGCCGAAAACCAAGCACCGGCGCAACAAGUCCAGCGUCGAUGGCACCAAAUACAAAGAUGGGCAGUGGUCGCCGAAGAACGAGAAGAUUCUCAUGGGUCCCUAUGAAUAUCUCCAGACGCACCCAGGCAAGGACGUGCGUCGUCAACUCAUCGAGGCCUUCAAUUCCUGGUUGCAAGUGCCAUCCGAGAGCUUAGAGAUCAUCACUCGAGUGGUGGGCAUGCUACACACAGCGUCGCUCCUGUUAGUUCUCCCUACGCUCGGCGCAGAAAAUACAUGCCCAUUCUCCCAGAUCAACAUAACUGACAUUCUCCGCUUUCGAUACAGGAUCGACGACGUCGAAGAUAACUCUGUCCUCCGUCGCGGCAUCCCCGUUGCACAUAACAUCUUCGGUACACCGCAGACCAUCAACUCAGCCAACUAUGUCUACUUUCUCGCUCUGCAAGAGGUUCAAAAACUCAACAACCCAGCCGCGAUCAAUAUCUUCGUCAACGAGCUUCUGAACCUUCAUCGCGGCCAGGGAAUGGAUCUCUUCUGGCGUGAUACGCUGACUUGCCCGACGGAGGACGAGUAUCUUGAAAUGGUGGGAAAUAAAACGGGCGGGUUAUUCCGACUCGCGGUGAAAUUAAUGCAAGCAGAGAGCUCUACGGGUAAGGACUGUGUUAGCCUUGUGAAUGUCAUGGGCCUGAUAUUUCAGAUCUGUGACGAUUACUUGAAUCUUUCCAAUACAACAUACACCGAGAAUAAAGGUCUCUGCGAGGAUCUUACCGAGGGCAAAUUCUCAUUUCCGAUUAUUCAUAGUAUCCGAUCCAAUCCCGGCAGUCACCAGCUUAUCAGUAUCUUGAAGCAGAAGACGAAUGAUGAAGAGGUUAAGCGCUAUGCUGUGCAAUACAUGCAGAGUACGGGUAGUUUUGACUAUUGCAAGGUUGUGGUGAAGGAUUUGAGAGAUCGAGCGUUGACAUUGAUUGAUGCAAUCAAUGCUACACCGACAAUCAAUGGUGCCGGCGAUGGAAGUAUGGUUCGUGCGGUUUUGCUGAAGAUUGUGAAAACCACGGUUGGGGAGGAGAACUCGCAAUAA